CUUCUUUCGCACGAUAUACGAGCCUCAUACCCCUCAAUAAAGACUUCAUCUGAUCUCGAAGAUUGGCGCUUCUCGAUAAUUCCGGUCCCGCACUCUGCAUUCUCCCGCUCUUGGCUCCUUGGAGUCGCACAUACCCACCAUGACAAACUUCUUCUCCCCUGAAGCUGAAUUGGCUCUCAUGGGCCAGGACGAUGGCCUCGGGCAUUUGUUUCCUUCCAGCAGCUGUCAAUCACCGCCGAGCAUCAUGUAUUCACCACCACUUCAUCAAAUGACGCAUCGACCACCAGUCAGUCAACAAGGACUCGCCCAAAUUUACCCGCAACCACACGACUACAGGCCGAUGGUGAAUUCACCAUAUCCACCGCAGUCAUUUUGGCCUUCUCAUCCUUCACCCAUUCCUCAAACACACGUCUCCUACUCGACUUAUCCUCCCCUGACAGGAAUGAGCUCUUCACAGACUCUACUACCGGAUUCAACACUACUUCCUCAGCCGUUAGGGGCAACCAGGCCAUCAAGAUCACAUUCAGCAUCAUCUUCAGGAGGCCUGGGUAUUCCAUCAAAUGGAGCAGCCGACCACUCUCCUCCCCCACUUUCUCGAUCUCUCUCCCCGAGCUCGCCAGACCUUCGAGUCUACGGCUAUCCCAACAAGAACGGUACUUGGAGCUGUGCCUACCCUGGGUGUACUUCCCGGGCAGUCUUCACGCGGGGCUGUGACCUGAGGAAACACCACAAAAGGCACACCAAAUCUUUCUUCUGUCGUCACGAAGGCUGCCCACAGGCGACGGGAGGAGGUUUUUCUAGCAAGAAAGACCUCGCAAGACAUGAAGCAAAGCACAAUCCAGGCGUGCUUUGUGACUGGGAGGGUUGCGAUAGAGUUUUCAGCCGAGUAGACAAUAUGAGAGACCAUGUAAAAAGAAUACAUCUAAAAACAUCUCGCUCCGGGUCUGGCUCAAAAGCUGGAAGUGCAUCAUGAAAGGCAACAACGACUCAUCUUGCUUGCUUCCCUUGAUGGGCAGAGCCGCUUGGUGCGGCGCCCCCUUUUCUCGUUGCAACCGCCCUUCACGAUACCCAAGUUUUCGCGUUCUGUCGACACUCACUUCAAAAACCCGCGGCGGCGGGCGCUGGCGUUUGGCUGCUUUCUCAUGAGUAUGGCGUCUAUCUGAACCAAGAGCUGAUGUAGAGGGUGCUGGAUGUCUAAAUAGAAGCACUGGGAUUGGUAUGUUUCGAGCACAAGAUCUGGCGCAUUUGCAUGGCUUGGAGGGAUGCAUUGAAAGCGUUU